UAUUUCUCCACGCUUGUCUCGGUUUAGUUCCGGCAUUAACUCUAGAGACUCUUUGGUUAAGGCCGCGGCGUCACAAAAUAUUUCUCAUUUGCGGCAAACUGCCAUUUCCUAGAAAGUCGAAUCAACUAGAAGACAUCCACACCAUUCCUCGUCUCGGCCAGAAUGGGCGUCAACAAGAAGACUCGCAAGUUCGCCCAGGUGAAGCGCGUCAUCGGUCAGCGAGAUGCUCGCCUCAAGAAGAAUCAAGAGACUGGCAAGGACGCAGAACAAAAGAAAAAGGACGACGAUGUAAUACGCGAGGUACCCCAAGUGUCAUCAGCCCUGUUCUUUCAGUACAAUACUGCUCUGGUGCCUCCUUACCAAGUCCUUGUCGACACGAACUUUCUCUCCCACACGGUACAAAAGAAACUUGAAAUGCUACCUACCAUGAUGGACUGCCUCUAUGCGAAGUGUAUCCCUGUGAUCAGCGACUGUGUAAUGAGUGAGCUCGAAAAGCUGGGUCAGAGGUACAGAAUUGCGCUGCGUAUUGCGAGAGAUGAACGCUGGGAACGCUUGAAAUGCGGGCACAAAGGCACAUAUGCCGAUGACUGUAUUGUCGACCGAGUCAUGAGGCAUAAGAUUUACAUUGUUGCGACCAACGACAGAGAUCUCAAGCGACGAAUUCGAAAGAUCCCCGGUGUGCCUAUCAUGAGUGUAGCAAGAGGAAAAUAUGUUAUUGAACGACUUCCAGAUGCGCCAGAAAAGUGAGAGAAACAAUUGGACCUUUCACACAUACAAUAUCCAAAAGCUCGA